CUAUAACGUGAAAUAUAUUUAAGUAGUCUAAUAAUUAUUUAACGUUGAACAUAUAGUAUCAUUUCAUGAAAAAAGUAAUGAAUUUCACAAUUAUUCUGCAGUACAUAAUUCUGUUGCGUGAGGUGGUGAAAUUCAUUUCAAGCGGUGAUACCCAUUUUGAAUUGGUUCCAUUGUUCAGAGAAGAGAAACAGUUAUUGUUUGGGCUCAAAUUGAAUCUGAAUACUCAAUAAAAAAUGGCAAAUCGUUACAAGCCGUCUCUACCAGCUGAGGGAGAAAAGAAAGAUGAGAUAACGACGAUCAAAUGUGCACUAAAAUCAAUAAUUCGGCCGCCAUACCAGCAGGAACUGAUCGGCAAAAUAACUGAUCUAAGUCUACAGGCUACAAUGAUUUGCAAUUUGGGUUCGUUGCUGUUCUUAUUAGAGGUGCAAAAGGCAUAUGAACGUAGGCAUCAACAAUGGUGACUUCAGCUUCUUUGCCAAUAGCGGGGAAGAAAAGAUCAACACAUGUUUUAGUCAAGUGCUAGCAAAGCACAACCCAUAAAAUCCGAAGCCGAAAAAAACACCAAAGCCGAAGCCAAAGCCAGAGCCAAAGCCGGAGCCAGAGCAACCAUCAAAGACUAAACGGAAACCCCGUGGACCAGCAAAAGAAAUUCCACCAAUCGAUCCAGAAUUCAAGGCAAUUGUGGAAGGUCUUGAUGAGGUCCAUCGCUUUGAUUGGCCUAGCAACAAAGAUUUCGGUAAUGGCCUCAAACAUCUAUGCAAUCAAUACAUAGACAACAAUGUCACCAAUUCGCAAACACAUUCGGAUAAACACAUAACCCAAUAUCUGAAGAUGAAAGUGUUUCAGAUGAACACAAAUGAAGCCAUUGAUGAGAAAUACCUGCCAAGUGACAUCGACUGUGUGGUGAAACUCAUUCUCAAGGAAAAGGUCAUCAAAGUGCCAGCUAGUGACCCAAAUAAACUUUAUCGGUGCGGAGUUUUGUAUGACAUCGUCAAUAAGUUGAAUGUGUUCCCGGAAAUCGACCUACAUGAUCUCACGACCAAUUCAAAAAAUUGGUUCAAAGCUGUGCCGAUGUAUCUAUCUAUGCAACGCGAGAUAGAAGAAUUUAAUUUGCUGCGAGCACAUCAAGAGCCACCGAAGAAACGCAAAAAGAGAAAGCGCAGAAGACCGAAGGGUAAGAAACGACAGUGGAUCAUCAAACGAAAACAAAUGCUCGACGAUUUGGAAUAUCUACCGUGCAUUCGCAAUUUGGUGGUAGUUCCGAUGUGUGAUUUUCGGCGUACGCAUUUCAAAAUCGACUGUUCGAGUAUGUAUCAGAUCUUGUCUUCUCAAAAAUUGAUUCCGAAACAGUUAACUGAAGACGGAAAACCAAGUGACAAAAAUAUUUCACAAAAGGUUUUCAACGAGAAUAAAGAUUACAUAUGGAAUCAGUAUUUUUAUAUGCGUAAAAUUCGGUGGUUUGUCCGCCGCAAAAAGAAAUUUGACUUUUCGAUAAACAGCGAUGGAAUUGCUGUGUCUCUGCAGUAUUCCACCAAAAAGAAGGAGACCAGCAACACACAAUCGGGCACCAGUCGAUUGGACAUCAUUGACAUGUUGAAGGCGGGCAGAUUCAAAAGAUUGGGAGGUACAGAUUCAGGCAUGCGGAACUGGAAUACCACAACAAUACAUGAAAUCGAUACUUGCAAAGAAAUCAACUUUGUUAAAAAGAGCAAGCAGUUCCAUUGGGAGACACAUCAAAACGUACGGAACGCAAAAGCGAAGCGAUUCACGAAAAAUUUCAUCGAAAAAGAAAGACAGGAUCGAGAGAAUCGUGAGCUGUACGCAAUCAUGCCAUCACCAAAAGGUUCACAGUGGCUGAGCUAUAUUAAACAUCGAGUUAAGAUGACCAAACAUGGAAUCGAAGCUUACUCGACUGCAAAGUACACUAGACUCGCCUUAGACAAAUACAUUGGGAGCAACAAAGUUAUCGACGGAUUUGUGAACAAGAUCACCAAUAAGGAACCGACUCUGUUAUUCCAUGGUGCUGAUGGCGAAGUACCACCUGAUUGCUCGAUAAAAAUAAAGAAACACGUGCGGUGUCCGGGUGUGCGCAAACUGAUGCAGGCAUAUAAGAAGCGACCAUACAUUGUUGUCGUGCCGGUGGACGAAUGGGGAACAUCUCAAACAGACGCAAGAUGUAUGUGCCGAUUCCAAAACCAACCCAAAUCGGCCAAAUUCAAGAUGUGUCGGUGCAUACCCAACGCCAUAACACUGCUGCCAACCAAAAUUGUGUCUAAGUUUGGCAAGACAGAUACAUCUACAUAUCGACAGUUACAACGCACAUUGAACGGAGCAUUUGAAAUAGAAGAGGAGCUAAUGUCAAGAGUAAAACCUUACUACAAAAAAUGGCAAUUAGACCUCGAAUGCACCGUGACUUGGCAUCGUGACGUCGUGGCUGCUAAGAACAUUCUACUGAAAGGACUAUGGACAUUGCUUUGACUUCCAAUACCUGCUGCAAUCAACCGAUAUUGGAAUCAAAUCAACGCCGAUGCCGCCGUCUUCGACGACGAUAACGACGUGGACAUAUCCGAGCCCGAGUUCGAAUAGCAGCCAACUAAUCAUCACAAUA